UCAGCAACCAAAAAAAAAAAAAAAAUCUAACGUGCUGGGAAUGAACUUUUUACCAAAGUGGUAUGAAAGGUGAAGAAGGCCAAAGUUGUAACAAAAAAGUGAUCUUUUGGUGACAUAAUUUCAAUCGAAUUAUCUGAUAAUCCUCAGGUAAUCUAUAUAAACUUUCAAGUUCCCCAACUAUAGAGAGACCAGGAAGCGAGGGAGAGGAAUAUGGAAGGAAGGAUGACGAGAAUUUUUCUGUGCCUCUUUCUCUGCUUCUUAGCCGGCAUAGCAACAAAUGAUGCGGCAAGGCAAGGAGAUGCCCUUAACAAGCUCUACUUCGACGUGUUCAAUUUGAAGAGAGCAGCUCCUGCAAGUGCUGCCACUUCUGCCUCCAAUGUUUUCUCCGAUCUAUCGUCCAAAGCUUAUCCCCAGAAAGGGUUGAAGGAGAGUGACAAGAUAAGCAAGUUGCCUGGCCAGCCUGAAGGUAUAGAUUUUGAUCAGUAUGGAGGCUAUGUCACGGUCGAUGCGGAAGCCGGAAGAGCUCUCUUCUACUACUUCACCGAGGCUGUCUCCGAUGAUCCUUCUUCCAAACCACUGGUUCUCUGGCUCAAUGGAGGGCCAGGCUGCUCGUCCCUUGGAUACGGAGCAAUGGAGGAGCUAGGGCCCUUCCGCGUCAUGAGCGAUGGCAAGACGCUGUUCAGGAAUCCAUAUGCAUGGAAUACAGUGGCUAAUGUGCUGUUCUUGGAGAGCCCAGCUGGUGUUGGCUUCUCCUACUCCAACACCACCUCAGACUACGGCGAGAAUGGGGACAGCAGGACCGCCGAGGAUUCCUAUGUAUUCCUAGUAAACUGGAUGGAUAGAUUUCCAGAGUACAAAGGCAGAGAUUUCUUUAUAGCUGGGGAAAGCUACGCUGGCCACUAUGUGCCCCAGCUUGCUCAUACCAUUCUCCAGCACAAUAAUACCCACAUCAACCUCAAAGGCAUCAUGAUUGGCAAUGGGGCGAUCAACGACGAAACUGACAACAAGGGGCUCUGUGACUAUUUGUGGACACAUGCAUUGAUCUCAGAUGAGACCAUUGAUGCAAUCCACAAGUACUGCAAUUUCUCGCCUGACGCCAGUAACCAGACUAAUCAGUGCUAUCAGGCAGUGGGGGUUGUCAACCAGGUCUUUGACACGCUGGACAUCUACAAUAUCUAUGCUCCUCUCUGCUUCUCAUCCGGCGUCACGCCUUCUCCUAAGAGAUACUCGAUUGAAAAUUUCGACCCAUGCAGUGAUUACUACGUGAGUGCUUAUCUCAACAGUGCCCAAGUGCAGGAAGCUCUUCAUGCCAAUGUGACCAAACUCAAUUACACUUGGUCUGCGUGCAGGCAGUUUGCACAAUGGACAGAUAGCCCUUCUACAGUCUUACCACUUAUCAAAGAAUGUAUGGCUAAUGAUGUACGAGUUUGGGUGUACAGUGGAGAUGUUGAUGGUCGGAUUCCUGUCACUUCAUCGAGAUAUUCUCUCAAUCAGCUAAAUCUUUCAGUAAAAACUAAGUGGCAACCAUGGUUUGUCAAUAAAGAGGUUGGUGGAUAUAGUAUCAUUUAUGAUGGUAACUUAACAUUUGUCACCGUUAGAGGAGCAGGACAUGAGGUUCCGAGCUACCAAGCACUUCGAGCACUUGUACUUAUCAAAUUUUUUCUUGAUGGAAAGCUGCUACCCGCUUGAAACUAGUUUAAUUUAAAUUUCUCUAUGUCUUAUGUAUAUAGGUCAAAAAGUAAUUACUUAUUAUUUAUUUCAACCAUGUUUGCUCAUUUAGCCAUUUAUUUACUAUCAUUUGAAGACAUACACUUAUAGUUCAUAGUUGGAAUGUAUAAUUC